AUGGUAUCUGCGUCUCAAGCAACCACACUACGCAGCAAGGAUAAGGAAAUUGCCCCACAAUUGAGCAAGUCGACGAGCAUGCCAAAUGGCUUGACUGUAGGCAAAACACGCUCUCAGUCUCGGAGAUUGGCGGCUGCUGACCAGGAGUUGCUGCAGCCUUCUAUCUCUAGCAGGGAUCGGCAACCCUCCACGAGGCCAGAGGAACGUAAAGCGAUCGCUCGUCAAACAUCCUUGCGGUCCACUUCCCGAGCAGACCUCAAAGCUGUGCCAACUCGUGUUGAAAGACCAAGGGACAGCCCGGCUGAGGAAAACGCCCCACCUUCAUUAGCACAAUCGAGGUCUUCUGGCGGAUCCGAUGGACUGGGUCGGUCGAACUCGAAUGGUAUCAGUCGAUCUAACAGCAAGACAGCUGGCCGCGCACGUUCGAGCUUGGGGUUGAGUCCACUGUUCCACUCCGAAGAUCCUUGUGAGCUUCUACCCAGGACUUCGUUGACUGAAGUCAACACCGACUUGCGUCUUAUGCUGUCCAAUCUGGUCAACCACGCACCAAGUCGGAGAAGAGGAGGUGCACGCAAACAGCCCCACGCGUAUGUCAUCAAAUGGGUUGACUACACCAAUCGUUAUGGUAUUGGGUAUGUUCUGGAUGAUGGAAGUGUGGGCUGUGUUUUCAAGGGUGAGAACGGGCAACCGGCGACGAGUGUUGUGGUGCGCGAUGGCGAGAGACACAUUCGUCGGAAGGCUCGCAGCGUUGAAGAUGAGAAAAGCGAACAAAAACCAAUCUAUUAUUCAGAGGCCGACCAACUAGUUCCUAGAACAGGACCCUCGGUCGAGUUUUAUGAAAAUCGGGAUGAUGAUCUACUCGGUUGCCGCGGUAUUCGACGAGCAUUAAUCUCGCCUUCCCUUUUCGAUAUCAAAACUUCCAGAGCGAUGCGACUUCGCAGCAAUACUGGAAAUGAGUCUGAACGAGCUGAUGCCGAGAAAAUCAAGCGCAUGAAACUAGUCGACCAAUUCGGUAAAUACAUGAUCGGAGCCCUUGGUCGCCAUGGCGAUGAAGGUAUCAUGGACGCAGACCUACCAAAUCAUAACAGCGCCCAGUUCAUCAAGUUCUAUCAGCGUCUUGGCAACGUCGGCAUCUGGGGUUUCGGAGAUGGAGCCUUCCAAUUCAACUUCCCAGACCACACAAAGCUAGUCAUCUCGCCCGGCCGCACUCGCAGCUCUUCUCCAUGGAUCGACUUCUACCACCUCUCACCCUCGGCAGCUCGCUACUUCGCCACAAAAGGCAAAAUGCACCCAGCGGGCUUCGACACCCGCGCCGUCGCCUCAGACGAGGCCGCCACGUUCCUCAGCAUCGCGAACGGUGAUUCCCUCAACUCGACCGAGGACCGCAUUCGCGAUAUCCUCGACGCAAACGCGUUCAUUCAGAAAAUCGCCUUCAUCAAAGAUACCCUCAGAGUCUGGAUCAAGUUCGGCCGUCUAGGCGGUCGCCCACCCUCCGUCGACUCCUCUCCCGAUUCCAUGCCCACCGAAGCAUUUUGGCAAGGCACACAAGAGCGCCCGCAGCCGAAAUCCCCCGGUGCAAAAUUCGUCUGGGUCACUGUCGGUGCGCCGGAUGGAGAUGGCCAUUAUAAGUCUGUGAUGUUCCAGGAUGCUCCUCGGGAGGCGGAGAAGCGUGUUGGGAUGGAGUAUGAUAAGGAAAUGGAUCGAUUGAAAGAUCGGCUUCGUGCGCUGGGCCGUUGA